AUUGACGUGGCUCGCUGUGUGAAGCUGAUUGACCGGUUGGAGCUUCAAAGUGCUACCACGUUGGAGGUUGUGGUACACUUUCGAAUUUAAGCUCUAAACAGUUACGGAUAAUUAAGACAGAGUGCUCAAACAAAGAAAAUAAGAUAAUAAUUACAAGAUGAAUAAGAUUAGUUUCAUGUGUGUAUUAACCAGUGUAAUUUCCAUUGUUCUCGCCGAAACCUGUCAGAAACCCGAAGUUGUAGCUUCGGCAUAUGUAACGGAAGAUGCGACAGUUCUUACUAAUGUUGCCUUUACCACACAAUUUGUGUUAAAGUGCAGCAAUGGAGUAAAGGGAAUCAGUCUGUAUGCUGAAGUUGAAGGCAAGGCAUUGCCAGCAGUUAGAUUAAGCACUGACAAUAAAUAUCAGGUAUCCUGGACAGAAGAUAUUAAGAAAGCAAGAUCUGGUGAUUACAACAUAAAACUGUAUGAUGAGGAAAAAUAUGCUGCUGUUCGUAAAGCUAUAAGAAAUGGAGAAGAUCCUGACAGUGUUAAACCUUUAAUAGUUGUUGUUCUUAACAAUCCCGGAGUAUAUCUUGGCCCUUGGGUAAAUUCUGAACUUUUGGCUGCUUUCUUGGUUGCUCUUGUAUCUUAUAUGGCAUUUUCUACAAAGUACAAACUUUUAGCAUAAGAAAAAUUUUUGUUAUUGACAAAUAAAUUUAUGAUAAUAAA